AUGGACCCAAGACCUUUGCCAACAGGAUGGAUAACUCAAUACGACCCAAAUACUCGAUCAUAUUACUAUGUUGAUACAAGUACUGGUGUUUCUCAAUGGCAUCAUCCUGCUGGACCUCUACCACCACCUCCGGGACCACCACCCGAACCUUAUCCCAGCGGGUAUAAUAAUAACUUACCACCUCCAUAUCCUGGAACCGCAUAUUCACCAUACCCUCCAAGCCCGUAUCCGGGCGAAGCUACAUCUUAUUCAUCGGCCGUCCCAGGGGGAAAAUCGUCAUCAACCCAAGAUAGUGCAACCAGUUCUAGUAAUAAAAAGAGCAUGCUUGGUGCUGCUGCUAUAG